AUGUCGGCCAAGAUCGGCUUUGUAACGCCGCCCAAAGCUGCACCUGGACCGGGUCUGAGUAGGGUCGAGAAGCAGCGAUUGAUCGAGAACCUGGAACUCGAAGUACAAGAUCGGACAAGACACUUUCAUGGAGCUCUAACCGACAUUCUCAACUCGUUCUUGGUACGACAAGAAUCCGAGAUCCUGCGCAUCCCGAAAGAUCUCCGUAAUGUCAGGAUGAAGGACCUGAAGACCAUGUGGGGCGGAGAUUGGGCGAGUACCCUGCGACAUCUGAAAGAAGAGACUCUGAAAGGGAAAAUAGAGGGGGACCGGACGGAAGAAGGGAAACGUAUGGAGGAGGGUCUGCUGAGCGAAGGCAAUGGCGAUAAACGGAAACGGAAACGGCCUGAAGCGGAAAGCAGGGAAGGGUCGAUAGAUAUAGGUGCGGAGAGAGCCAAGAAGACACCUCGUCGAGCGGAGAAUCUCAAUGCUGCACUUCUACCUCCCGCCAGCACAGCGAAAACACCGACAGGGACCGGAUCCCGACUAGCCGGUUUCUUUGGUAAACGUCCCCUUCUGCCGGUCGCAAAUACGCUCUCCCCCGCUGUCAGCAGCCCGUUCAAGCGGUUUGGGUCUAGGCCAAACCUCGCUGCAGCUUCGACGGCUUCGCCAUCGAAACCGAGCCGUUUCGCCGGGUUCAAGCUCCCGACCAUGUCGUCAUUGAGUAGGGAUACCACUAAGAGCCAAACGCCCGCUCCCGCGAUCAGGACGUUUGAGCCCGCCAUCCCAGAGGUUACGCCAAGGUUUCCUCGAAAGAUGAAGGACACGGAUGUAGUGCUCAGCGCCAACGGAAGUCCAAUCGCCAACCCUUGGACGCUGAGGAAAGAAGCAUCGGAGACGAGCGAGGACGAGAAUGAGCUGCCAGACCCGGAAGCGCUGGAGAAGGCCAUGAUGGCAAGAAAUACUCCCAAAUUUGAUCCGGGACCGUCCCGGCCGAACAGAGCUGCCGAACUACCACGCCAGAUGGCAAGAAAGCGGAUCUCUUCCAUCCGAAUAAGACAGUCGAUCUCGAUGGCGCAGCCAGACUAUUAUGAUCCUUUCGUGGAUGCCACGCCGACAAAACCUUCGCACACCGAGAAACCCUCGUCUUCACGGGUUGCAGGAGGCGGUACACUGGGGUUGAAUGAGUCGCCAGCUCAGAUAUCCAGUCGAGGCGCCAUGUUGAGGUUGACGACCUCUUCCGGGUUGACGAUCGAUUUCGAUCCGUUCACGGACGAUCCAGAGAUGGUUGAAGAGGAGCUUCGGGGCAAGGGUGUCGGCGAAGACGUACGGGGACAGGUCAGAAUGGAGAUGGCCAAGAAGGUCAAGGAGCUAAGAGAACGACUGGCCAGCUUCAAGAUAUAA